GCUUUCUCUCUUUCUUAACGUUCCGCCACCUCACCCCCCUCCUCCACCCUCACUCUAAAUUUCCUGAACAUUUCCUUACCUUAUACCAGCACCAACAACAACACAAUGCAAAGUCGUUUGGAGCUUGUACGCUCCAAUAUGAUGGGUGGAGAAGGAACCGAGGAAAAAGUAGAGGUGAAUCAACGACAUCUUAUCGACAAGAUCUUGGCCCGCUAUUCCGCGGAAUAUGUACUCUAUCGAGAACUUAUGCAGAAUGCAGACGACGCAACUUCUACAACCGUCGAGAUUCAGUUUCAUACCGGUCAGAGCGAUCCAACCAAACCCAACCUGUCCGCUAAAAUGAAUAAGAUCACUUUUAAGAAUAACGGUAUACCGUUCCGCCCUGAAGAUUGGUCUCGUUUGAAACGAAUAGCUGAAGGAAAUCCUGGUAAUAGUUGGCUACAAAGAAACUAUUUUGAUCAAGUGAGAUGUGUGUUCGUACGUACUAUAUAUUUUUCUAAACUUACAAAAUUGUAUACAGAUGAGCAAAAGAUUGGUGCCUUUGGUGUCGGGUUUUACUCGUUGUUUUCCGUAUGUGAAAAUCCAUUUGUGUUCUCUGGAUCACAAUGCAUGGCAUUCUAUUUUAAAGGCGAUCAGCUCUUUGCCAAACGAGCUGAUGUGCCAGAAGAGAAUCGGGAUUCUUGGACUUCAUUUUUGAUGGAUUUAAGGGAGCCUAUGGAGUUACCAAACUUGGAUGAUUUUGCCAAGUUCUUAUCUACGAGCAUGGGAUUUACUGCCAACCUGCGAAAAAUUACAGUUAAGUUCGACCAGCACGUGAUAUUUUCCAUCAACAAGGGCAUGGGCGAGCCAGAAACGAUGACAGUCGACGCACGAAAAGUACACACCUCAUCACCGCAACGUAUGUUCACCAUCACCGGGGCUAGUAUGCGCAAAAUCCAGCUGAGCACAGAGAAAUACGCACCACCCAGCAUGCUUUCACUCAUUUACAACAAACGACCUGUUGAUUCGUCCUCGGGACUUCCGAUGGAAAAAGCCAACAUAUUUCUACGCGUUGUGACAGCAUCACUCGACGUCAGCGUACCACGUAACUUUGAACGAGAAAUGGAACGAUCAACAAAGAAAAAACCACCCAAACAGACCAAUUUCCAGCUAGUGUAUACCGGACGCGAGGAAUUGGAUGCGUCGGAAAACAAUAGUGCCAUAUUUAAAGACCUGAUACCCUUCCCUAACCAAGGUCGUGUCUUUAUUGGAUUUCCAACACAUCAAACGACCGGUUGCUGCUCACACAUGGCUGCUCGAUUCAUUCCCAGUGUCGAACGCGAAAGCAUUGAUUUUGCCGAACGAUAUCUGCGCAUUUGGAAUACUGAAUUAUUGGCGGUCGGCGGCCUAUUGUGUCGCAUCGUCUACAACAGCGAGAUGGAGCAAAUCCAUCGGCUGUAUCGAGAACUCGUCGGUUAUAAUGAUGUUGUGGAUAAGUCUUCUGCUGCAACUACCGCAGACGACGCCAAAGUCAUGUUGGAAAGACAAGCAGCGCAUGCAUUAGCAUCAUUUACAUUUCAAAACUCAACGCCCAGUCCGCUUGUCGGUAGUGUGCAAGAAGAACAAUUCUUCAAAUCAAGCAAAACUCCUGCUAUGGUCAUGACAUCACACGGUGUGCAGGCUGCUACCCAGACACGCAUCCUGCCAGAACCUGUUUUCAAUUCGCCUCAGCUUUUGAAUGACUUUAUAAAAACGAUUCCCACGAUUACGCCCGUGAUGCUUCAAACCUGCAAAGAUAGUGUAGAAAAGCUGAAAUCGUUUGGUAUUCUACGUACGCUGGAUAUGAAUGAUGUCCUCAAGGAAUUGGAAGCUCGGCCUUUGAACACGAGCGAAAUGACGGCGUGCAUGAAAUGGUGGAUCGAUCAAAACAAAAACGCACGGAUUGCUGGAGCAGACAUACUUCAAGCACGGAAGCGGUUCCUGGAUGCUGCUAUUUUGUCUACAGACAAUAAUGAUCGGUUGGUGGCAUUGUCUACCAUCAAAUGGUGGAUCAAUCCAAAAAGGAUUCCUCUUGAUAUGCCUGUACCUGAAUCCGUGCUGCCUUUCUCUGUGAGCAAGUCGCUUUAUAGCGCAGAUCUUGCGACUUGCUUUGGAGAUUGGUGUGAGCUAUCUAUGGUUGAGUGGGUUCGCUAUAUCGUUGAUAAUGCCAAGGAGCUUGAAGUAUCUGCCACGUUUGCUGAACGUACACUGCUCGUUGUCUCUCGAGGAUACAGUCAUACUUCUACAAAAGGUCAAGCCGAAAUCUGCAAGAUAUUGCAAGGCAAAAAGUGUGUACCUACAAGAAAUGGUAUGAAACUACCUCACGAGUCGUACUUUGAGACUGUCAAACUUUUUGAUGACCUACCAAUUGUCCGUUUUGAAAAUACCAAGCAUACGAUCAGCGAUGUUUUCCUUGCAGCACUGGGUGUUCGAAAGCACGUAGAACUACAGUUGGUGUUUGACCGACUAAUCUCGGAUGGUAGCUGGUCUCAUGUCGAUCUGGUGAAAUAUCUUACAAGUGUUCAAAGUACGCUGAGUCAGACCGAAGUGGUUCGAUUACGCGAGACACCCAUCUUUACAAAAGAAGGCGAAGAGCCCAAGACGAAGACUGUCGAACGUAAGACUGGAGCAGUUGACGCAGAAGGCAAACCUGUGAUCGAAAAGCGCCAGAAACAAAUUUACCGUCGAUACAAGGCCAAGGAUCUCUAUAUGCCUACAGAGAACCUCAGGAGCUUGAAUUUGCCAUUAAUUGAUUGGAAACAGCAAAAUGGUAGCCGUGGCAAUAGCGGUGGCUGGCGCUCCGGCAGUGACGAAGCACGAUUCAUGGAAAAGCUUGGCUUGCUUUCUUCACCAUCUGUAUCGACCAUCCUGACACUUGCAUCGCCUGAAACCAACAACCGGCAGCUGCAGAUGCGGGCACUACACUAUUUCAUAGACAACCACAAACAAUACGAAGAUUCGUAUCAUCCAUCACAAAUUGAUAUGACGUUCUUACCAUGCUCGGAUGGUAAAACGUACUCAAUGCCGAGAGACUGUUUUACCAACCCAGACGUUCAAGUGCUUGGAUUCCAUGCGCUGCACCGGGACCUUGUCUGCGUCCGAGACAAAUUGGGGAUCCGAGAAAACCCAGACGCUAAGCGACUCGUGGAUGCCUUUCUACAGAAAGUCACCAAGGACGUUACUCAAGCCAAGCGGAUAUUUGAAUACAUGGCAAGUCGUAUGGGUGAUAUCGGCUAUGAGCAAUGGCCCAAGCUGCGUGACGUUAAGUUUAUUCCCGUCAAAUCCCAUCAAGGCGAUACCGUUUUGAUAGAACCUGCUCAGUGCUACUUUGAAUCAGGAGAGGCGACUUUCCACAAAGAGUUAUUUUUAUAUGUGGAUUUUGGCCAACUUGCCAAUUCAUUCCUACGCUCAUGCGGUGUCAAGGACGAGCCCACUACCAUGGAAUUGGCAUCCAUGCUUGUCAAGGAUCCGUCCCGCUUCUGGAACCUCAGUGGUGGCGGCGAGCGUUAUUUGGCUGUAUUGAGACAAAUAGCGGGCCAGUAUUAUCAUCUCAAAAGCAAUAGACGGUUAUUGCAAGAUAUGAAAAAUACUCCUUUCCUCGUUGGUAUCAAACGGAGUCAAAUGGGAUCCGGCCCAGGAUCAGAUCAGCAGCAACUUACAGUACCUGCCGCAACAAAUGGUAUAACUGACAACAACAACAACAACAACGAUGAUGACCAAAAGGAACAAGAUGAAUUCGUUCAAUAUCGACUGGCUCAAGCAAGCGAUAUUUUCAUCAUUGACGAUACCAUGGCACAGCAAAUAUUUUCACCCCUAUCAGCACCCAUGGAGCCUUUGCUCGAAGAGUUCUAUGCGCAUUUGGGAAGCGAUCGGUUGUCAAGACAAAUCAAAGAAACCUAUACAUAUAGCUAUAAUAUGGGCGUCACUAAUCGAUCUAAAGCCGUUACUGAUGCCAUUUUUGAACGUGUACCCAUCAUCAUCUACCAAAUGAUGAGCGAUAACCCGCAGCGACAAAAAGAGUUGUGUCACGACGAAAAAUAUGUAAAGAGAAACUUAAAGGUGAUCCAAGCAAAAGAGCUCAGAAUCAACCGAAAAUUCAAACAUACAGGCGAGCACAAUGUACAACCGACGACUGCAUGCACCGAUAAAAGCAGCUUCACCAUAUACAUAUCCAGCAUGGGCGAGAUAGACUAUUACGAUAUCGCAAAUGCGUUAUGCGCCUUAAUAUUUACACGUGUUCGCUUCAACGAUGCGAUUGUAGUUGAACGAUACUUGACUGCAACACUCACAAGUCUUCGACGAAAAGGUGUUCCAGUGGACCGUAUUUUAAACAUCCGGAAAAACGUUGAGAAACAAAAGAUUUCCCCUCCAAUGGAGCGAAGCAGCCCAAUACACUCACCGCCAUCAACAUCACCCAUUCAUCCAACACUUACCCCGGCACAACUUGACCAGUGCACAAAACAAGUGCUCGAAGUAUUUGGCGAUUGUCAAGAAGGCUAUGUCCGGCAAUUAUUGGCACAGGAACGCGAGAACCACGCCGAGAAUGUCAUCAACAAGCUUUUGAAUGACAAUGAUUACCCACGCAAUUCAGAGGUCAAGAGUGAUAAAGAGGUUGCAGCACAAGAGGCCAAGAACAACAACGCUCAUCGUUCUGAAGGCGUGGAAAAUGUUCCCGCUGAUCAAGGAGGGGCAGGAGGAUUGCUGGAUCGAAUCUGGUCUUGGAGAGGCUCACGGCAAUCCACACCCACACCACCACCUCCCAAAUCGCCCAUCGAGAAGGAACUUCCACAGCCGCAGACACCCGAAAAACAACCCGUCAAAAAGCCUAUGUUACCCGAUGCAGAAGAAACCAUCACUCCCAACUACACAUCCAAUGUCAAGCAGAAUUUACGUCGAGCCAUCCAUUCAUGCAAAUCCUAUACUGACCAACACCUGUUCUCGCGCCCGCAAAUCAACCAAGUCGCCGAAUCCAACUACUACUGCGAUGUCAAACCACAGCAAAACCUUGUUUCGUCCGGCCGUGUCAAGGGAAUCUCCUUUUAUGUAUACCGCGAUGUGGUUGCAGAGGACGUGCACCAACAAUACAGCGGUGCCAUGAGCCGUUUUGUCGACAUUAUCAAGGGACUGGCAACCGUCUUUGAGCUCAAGGAAAGCAGCCUGCAUUUAUUUUAUGACACACAAGGCUCGACAAUUGCAUUCAAUGUGAACGGCAGCUUAUUUUUGAACCUACGAUACUAUGUGGCGCUCCACGAGACGGACGAUUCAGCACAAUCCAAAGCAAAGCGUAAAGAAGCGCUUAUCUACUGGUUCAUGACAUUUUGUCAUGAGUUGGCGCACAAUUUUGUCAGUGGCCAUUGUUCCGAACACGAGUUUUACAUGUCCUCGUUUGCCGAAGUGUAUCUCGAAUCGUUGAUGCAUUAUCUCGCUGCCGAUAACAACUCUGCUACCAGUGCAAAUCCUGCUCGGGCUUCCACCGUGUCCGAUCACUCAGGGGCAACGCUGAUAUAGAUCUGAAUGUGUGUGUCUGUGUACGUGUGUAUAGUCGUAAACAAGAAAUAUAUAUAAUUGUACAGUUGGAAUACAAAAAGACAAUUUUUUUGUGUUAUUCGUUUAUUGUGGUUGUGUGGCGUUGAUGACUGUAGGUGUGUAAUAGUGUAGUGGAUGAUGGUUUUGUGAUUUAUUCGUCGGCCUUGGCCUCUACACGCUUCUUGAAG